AUUCCCACCAGGUGACCCAGAGGGCUGCUGUCACCUCCCAGCCUUGCUGGCGUGGCAGGGAUGGGGACAGCAGUGCCCAGCAGUGUCCCCAGGAUCAGCAGUGUGGAUUUGGCUGGGAACAAAGGCUGGAAAACCUCUGGAUUGUGAAAUCACCCAUCCAGCCUUUGCCUGUGCUGUCGUUGGGACAUGGAGCACGAGUGGAACCCUGGAAAAUCCAAGGGAUGGUGGAAGACUGCUGGAGAGGAGGAGCAUCCAGAGCCUUCCCUUCUCAGCAGCAGGACAAAGAAAACCCUGGGAAUGAGCUGCUGGCAGCAGGAAUGGUGUGAGGCUGAAGCCCUCGGGGUUGUUGAGCACUGGUGCCCCUUUCAGAGAGAGCAGAGGCUGUUUGGGCAGGAUGGCCUCACCUUCCGGAGGGUUUUGGUCCAAGCCACAGGCCCCGCUCCCAAAGGGGCACAGAUGCAGCAAAUCUCUGUUCCCAGAGUCCAGCAGGUUCCACAGCAGGUGCAGUCUGUGCAGCACGUUUAUCCAGCCCAGGUGCAGUAUGUGGAAGGAGGAGAAGCUGUUUACACCAAUGGAACCAUACGAGCUGCCUACUCGUACAGCAGCGAGGCGCAGGUUUACGCUCCCGCCGGCGCCGCGCCCUAUUUCGAAGCGCAGGGAGGAGGAGGAGGAGGAGGAGCUCAGGUGACUACAGCGACAUCCUCUCCUACAGCCAUUCCCUCUCACAACAUGGUGGGCAUCACCAUGGACAUUGGGGGAAGUCAGAUCCUCUCCGGCUCGGGCGCCUAUCUCAUUCAUGGGGGGCUGGAGAACUCUAGACAUUCCCUGUCACACACCUCACGCUCCUCUCCAGCAACGCUUGAAAUGGCGAUUGAAAACCUACAAAAAAAUGAAGGGAUUACAUCACACAAAAGCAGUUUGCUCAACAGCCAUCUGCAGUGGCUGCUGGAUAACUAUGAGACUGCAGAGGGUGUGAGCCUGCCCAGGAGCUCCCUGUACAACCAUUACCUGAGGCACUGCCAGGAGCACAAGCUGGACCCCGUCAACGCCGCCUCCUUCGGGAAACUCAUCCGCUCCGUCUUCAUGGGGCUGAGGACUCGGCGCCUGGGCACCAGGGGGAAUUCCAAAUAUCACUACUACGGGAUCCGCCUGAAGCCGGAGUCGCCGCUGAACCGCCUGCAGGAGGACACCCAGUACAUGGCCAUGAGGCAGCAGCCCAUCCACCAGAAACAGAGGUACAGAGCAGCCCAGAAGAUGGAUGGGAUGGCAGAGAGUGCAUCCAACAGCACCCCCCACACCACACCUGAGCAGUCUGUGGCUGCUCAGAGCCAGCACCACCAGCAGUUCAUAGAUGUAACCCAUGUCUUUCCUGAGUUCCCAGCCCCUGAUCUUGGCAAUGUCCUCUUGCAAGAAGGUUUCACCUUGAACGAUGUGAAAACUCUGCAGGUUCUCUACAGGAGACACUGUGAGGCCACUCUGGAUGUGGUGAUGAAUCUCCAGUUUCACUACAUCGAGAAGCUGUGGCAAUCCUUCUGGAGUCCCAAGGCACCCCCUAGUGAUGGCCCCACUGCUCUGCCUUCCAGUGAAGAGGAGCCCGAAGGGACCCUCCCAAAGGACAAACUGAUCACCCUGUGCAAGUAUGAGCCCAUCCUCAAGUGGAUGAGGAGCUGUGACCACAUCUUGUACCAAGCCCUGGUGGAGAUCCUGAUCCCUGACGUGCUCAGGCCAGUGCCCAGCACCCUGACCCAGGCCAUCCGGAACUUUGCCAAGAGUUUGGAGGGGUGGCUGAUGAAUGCCAUGAGUGAAUUCCCCCCGCAGGUCGUGCAGACCAAGGUGGGGGUGGUCAGUGCCUUUGCCCAGACCCUGCGCAGGUACACGUCCCUCAACCACCUGGCGCAGGCGGCGCGCGCCGUGCUGCAGAACACGUCCCAGAUCAACCAGAUGCUCAGCGACCUCAACCGCGUGGACUUCGCCAACGUGCAGGAACAGGCCUCGUGGGUGUGCCAGUGUGAGGAGGGCAUGGUGCAGAAGCUGGAGCAGGAUUUCAAGCUGACUCUGCAGCAGCAGAGCUCUCUGGACCAGUGGGCCAGCUGGCUGGACAAUGUGGUCACUCAAGUGCUGAAACACCACGAGGGCAGCCCCAGCUUCCCCAAGGCAGCCAGGCAGUUCCUGCUGAAGUGGUCCUUCUACAGCUCCAUGGUGAUCCGGGACCUCACCCUGCGCAGCGCCGCCAGCUUCGGCUCCUUCCACCUGAUCCGCCUGCUCUACGACGAGUACAUGUUCUACCUGGUGGAGCAUCGUGUGGCCCAGGCAACAGGGGAGACCCCCAUUGCUGUCAUGGGAGAGUUUGGUGACCUCACAUCGCUGUCCCCGACACUGCUGGACAAAGACGAGAUCAGCGAGCUGGGCACGGAGGCGGAGGCGGAGCGGGCGCUGGGGGAGCCGCUGGUGAAGCGGGAGCGCUGCGAGCCCGGGCACUCCCUGCAGGACAUCUGACACCGGGACUCGCCUUGGACCGAGCCCUCCGGAGCGCGCCCCGCCUGCGAGCCCCGGAUCCGCGUUAUUAUAGUGCCUCUUAGUUUCUCUGUAUGUUUACUCGUGUGUGAGGAUGGGCUGAGCCGGGCAGGCGCUGCUUUGGCCGCCAGUGUCCCUGCAGAGCGCAGGAGAAGCUGCAGUCUGCUCCCGAGGGAUGGAAGCCCGUGUGCCAGCAGCAGGUGGGAUGUGCCUGGCGGGAGGAGCCGUCCUCGCUCCCCAGCUCAGCCAGGCGCACAAACCAGGCUUCCUCUGUCAGGGAAGGUGCUUCGGGCUCCUUCCCCGCCUCUCAGACUUCACUGUGAUACAGACUUGAACCAAUCAGUGCCCAAGAAGAAGGAAGAAUACCCGGCCCUCCUCCUGCAGCCUUUCCGACAGGCUGUUCUGGCUCUGGCUUUGCCAAAUCUCUUGCACCAGGGAGCUCAGGACAGCCGGUGUCCCGUGUCCCCACCUGGGGAGAGGCUCCAGGCCGCACAUCCCUCAGGCACAGGCGUGCUCUGGGACUAUGGGAUGAGCAUCCCCACCUGCUUCCAUGCCUCCCCAGCUUGGCACUUCACCCCAUGCUCCUGGGAUGCCAUCAGGCCAGCUCAGGAUACCAAAGGACUCCGAGGUGGUGGCAGCUGGAGGCAGCUUGUCCCUGUGCCACAGUGCCUGGGGGCAACCCAUGGCAACCCCAUGGUAACCCCAUGGUAACCCCAUGGCAACCCCAUGGCAGCCCCAUGGCAGCCCCAUGGCAACCCCAUGGCAGCCCCAUGGCAAUCCCAUGGCAACCCCAUGGCAACCCCAUGGCAACCCCAUGGCAACCCCAUGGCAAUCCCAUGGCAAUCCCAUGGCAACCCCGUGGUAACCCCAUGGCAAUCCCAUGGUAACCCCAUGGCAAUCCCAUGGCAACCCCGUGGCAACCCCAUGGCAGCUCCAUGGCAAUCCCAUGGUAACCCCAUGGCAAUCCCAUGGCAAUCCCAUGGCAGCCCCAUGGCAAUCCCAUGGCAACCCCAUGGCAGCCCCAUGGCAAUCCCAUGGUAACCCCAUGGCAACCCUAUGGUAACCCCAUGGCAAUCCCAUGGUAACCCCAUGGCAAUCCCAUGGUAACCCCAUGGCAAUCCCAUGGCAAUCCCAUGGCAAUCCCAUGGCAAUCCCAUCCUCCACGCUGCCCAGGCAGACAGGAACUGGUCCCACACCCGGGGGUUUGUGAAAUUCCCACUCCAUGUCCUGCUCUGAGGAUGAUGGAGGGUGCAGAGCAGGGGUCAGGGUGUGUGACCACAGUGCCUUAGGGUGGGGCUUGUUCCCAUUUCCCCUGCUCCAGGUGGCCCAGCACAGCUCAGGCUGGCCCAGCAGCCCAGCCCAGCAGGGAGGGGCUGGCACAGACCCCGGGGCUCAGCACUCCAAUGGCAUUUCCCUCUCUGGAUCCCUUUGCCUUUUCCUGCAGUGACAGUGCAGGGGUGGCUCCAUGGGGCUGAGCUGGGGGAGCUCAGCAGGGAUUUUCCCCUUUCCCACGUCCUGUGGGGUCUGUGCUGACGGGGAUUGCCCUGGGAUGCUGUGGGCUACACUGGGGUGCUGUGGGCUACAGGGCAGAGGAGGAGGGGGGAUCUGUCAUCAAAGCCCUGGGGCAAAUCUCUCUGUGAAUAAAGGCCGUAUCAUAAAUAGCUUUUAUUAUUAUGGUUUCUAAUGAUGCAGUGUUGGUGUGAGCUUUUCCAGGGGUCUCGUGUACAUUUGCCUAGCAGAGUAUAUUCUAUCCAAAUCUCUGAUUUUCUUGUUCCCAGUGGCACUAAGGCAGCUGUGACACUUUCAAACACGUUCCUAAUGGCAAGUGAAACAAGAGUGUGUGCAGUGGCACAACUUCCCUCUGUCCCAUGCUGUGCCAGGGUGAUGUUUGUCUGUAAAUGUCUCACAUGGAAGUGGCAGGAGAGAAGUGAGAGACACAGAUUUAAAUGUACAUAACCAUGAAAACUCCCUGGGUCAGAGUCCACACUUGGGAUCCUGCUGAUGAGAUAAGAGAGUCUAAAUAAACAACUGAGCAACCAGAUCUUAACUGCCCUGCUCCCACUGAGGGCCAUAGGAAGUUCAGCUCUUCCUCUGAGGGAAGCCAGCGUGCAAAGGAGAUGCUCUGGAGCUCUGCAGCAGCGUGUGGGGAGGCUGGGGAAGCACCCAAACCCCCUUGCACAGAAUUCCCAGCUAAACCUGAACAGCAAUAAAUGUGUAUCCAAUGCUCAGGCCUGCACAA